GGGGCCCUCUGUCCAGCCCCAGGGCACCGAUGUACUCUUCUCAGCCCCUUGAUGCCCCCUCCUCCAGUCGCUGCCAAGAUUGAAAAGGGGGCACCUCAUCUGCAGGGAGAGAUUCAGGAUGCCCCUCUCCAUGUUCAGAUGCAUGUUGUCAAUGAACUGGGGGAAGCUGUGGCUGGGAACAUGCCAUUUAACUUAUGGUAGAUGCUCUUUUCUAUGGAUAUGCAGACUUAACUGGUGCUUAACAAGGGCCUCUGCCACUCUGACCCAGGCUAAGGCAUAUGACCUGUCAGCUUCCACAUUCUCUCCAGAUGGCAGAGUAUUUCAAGUUGAAUAUGCUAUGAAGGCUGUGGAGAAUAGUAGUACAGCAAUUGGCAUAAGAUGCAAAGAUGGCGUUGUCUUUGGAGUAGAAAAACUAGUCUUGUCCAAGCUUUAUGAAGAAGGUUCCAAUAAACGUCUCUUCAAUGUUGAUCGACAUGUUGGAAUGGCAGUAGCAGGACUCCUGGCAGAUGCUCGUUCUUUGGCAGACAUAGCUAGAGAAGAAGCUUCUAACUUUAGAUCCAACUAUGGAUAUAAUAUUCCAUUGAAGCAUCUUGCCGACAGAGUGGCCAUGUAUGUACAUGCCUACACACUAUACAGUGCUGUCAGACCUUUUGGCUGCAGUUUCAUGUUAGGGUCUUACGAUGAGGAUGAUGGUGCUCAGCUUUACAUGAUUGACCCAUCAGGUGUUUCAUAUGGUUAUUGGGGGUGUGCCAUUGGUAAAGCCAGACAGGCUGCAAAGACAGAGAUUGAAAAACUUCAGAUGAAAGAGAUGACUUGCCGUGAUGUUGUUAAAGAAGUUGCAAAAAUAAUCUACAUAGUUCACGAUGAAGUGAAGGAUAAAUCUUUUGAACUUGAACUCAGCUGGGUUGGAGAAAUAACAAAAGGAAAACAUGAAAUUGUUCCAAAAGACAUCAGAGAAGAAGCAGAGAAAUAUGCUAAGGAGUCUUUGAAAGAGGAGGAUGAAUCAGAUGAGGACAAUAUGUAACACUGUUACUUCAAGACAAGUUUCAAUUUUCUUAAUUUGUAGUAGCGGUUAAUAUGUUAACUAUGGAUUAUUAUUUACUUGCUGGAAAGGUGUUAACUUGCACUAAAAUAAAUUUCCCCAUUUACUAUCAA